UAUAUUCGGCUUUCGUUGCCAAAGAUAAGGGGUGAAAGGGAGGAAGGCCCGAUUCACCUGGUUCUAGUUCAUGUGUUGUGUUGCUGAUAUAUAGUGUAUGCAUCGUGUGAUUUCAGAAAUGAGAAUGAGAAUACUAUCAAGGUCUUGGAUAUCUGCGUCCUUCUUUGCUCUCAUCGUCUUUGCGUUCUUUUUCUCGACUUCAUUCGCAGGGAGACAGCGCAGUUUCUUGACGGAUCAAGAUGGCAUUCGUCAACACGGAGAGAAAGCAUGGAAUGGACAGAAGGAAGCAGUAGCGCCUCUGGUGCAUACUCGGAUUCUCAACGUCAAGAUUAAUGACUACGGCAGCUAUGACCCUUCCCCUUCCAUGGACAAGCCGCACUUCAAGCUCAUACCCAACUGAUCAAUUAUGUAUCCAUGCAUGCAUGUUGCAGAGCGUGGCCGAUGAGGAAUUUCGCUCCUUACAUGUGUACUAGCUGAUGUAUAGAUAGAGAGGGACUUACUAGGCUCUUGCUAAAACUAAUAUUCUCGUGCUUUUUGAAGUAGUCGCAAGGAGUUGUCGGUGUUUAUUGGGUUGAACAUGUCAUAUAUAUAUAUAGGAGUAUUGUACUUAAACCAUAUAUACAUAUAUAUGCAAGUAAGGUUUUUGCCAA